UAUUAAACUUCUGGCUUCGCUGCAACUCGCAUUAUUCCCGCCUUCAAAAUGAAUAUUUUCACUGCGAUUUCUCCUGGAAGACUCGUCAGCCGCCGUAUGUUCACUGCCUCUUCGUUCUUUCUCGAUUCCGGUCUCUAUUCGCGUCGAAUGCCCUCUCAGCCUUCAGCUUUCAGUUUGCCUUUUAUCCGCUCUUACUCUCGCAAAACUGGAGCCGACACCAAGAAAACCGACUAUUCAUUCAUUAAAUCUCGAUCUUUUAUGAAGAGAGCAGAUGACCGAAUCAGACUUUUCGAUCCAGCAGUCGAUUACUGCGUACGCCUUUUCCGUGGACGUAUGACAUACCGCCCCCGCGAGGACAUAAACGACUCAAAUGCUUUCAGCAGUGGGGGCACUAUCGAGAUGAUGGGCAAUGUUGUUGCUACAUAUUCUAUUCUCGGUGAAUGGGACAUGUCUGAUAUGCAGGCCUAUGCAGACCAUACCGACUAUCUGCCUCAUCUGUAUGAGGAACUUAUGGCUACUAUACAAACCCAUACGCCCACUUCUCUUCCAUACAAAACAGUAUUUGGAAUCAUCUGUGACUUUGAGAAAGGUUCUGUAUAUCGGUAUGACCACGCCACCAAAAAGAUAUAUCCUGGUCCGUCUGUGUACUUCGACAAGUCUAAAGAUGCUUCGUUUGUGGAAUGGUUUUUCUCAGAGUUCUUAGGCAUACUGAUGCAUCAAUAUACGUUCACCUUACAAGCACGAACUGAAAUCUGCCAAGAUCCGGAAGAGCGCGCAAAGUGGCAGUGCAAAGUCGACUUGGCUAAUCGCGCAUAUGACUUGCUGACGAAAAAACCUGUUGACCCUAUUGAGCAUAAGAAGGAUUUCAACGAAACAUUAACUCUUGUUGAGCGAAGCACCACUCAGUGGCCAGAGUCACCACGGUAAUGACUUCUGCCACACGGAACGCAGGGAUUGACAGAGUAUU